AUGGACCUCGGACGCCUUGUGCUGUGCCGGGGCCUGUGCGGCUUCACCGUGGCUGUGCCGGGGGCCGCGCCGCGUCACCGUGGCUGUGCCGGGGACCGUGCCGUGUCACUGCAGCUGUGCGUUUGCUUCGCCACAGGCUUUCUUACGAGCUGGAGGCUGGCCUUCUGUGAUCGCCUCCCCGACGUCUACACCUCCGAGCUCCGGGCGGGCAGCCUCCACGACGUCUACACCUCCGAGCCCCGGGCGGGCAGCCUCCACGACGUCUACACCUCGGGGAAGAGGAGGCAGGAGCCCCCCGAAGUGGUCAAACGCACCGCACCCACAUCCCUGGGCGCAGCAGCAGUGCAGCAGGCGGGCUCCUACCCCGACCUGUCACCAGGAUCCGCAUCCCCUCCAGUGCUCCCUGUCAGACGGAGGGGCCUUGAGCAGGAGGAAGUCUGGCGCCCCCUCUUGGUCUUGCCUCGACACCCGGCCUUCCAGACUCACUUGUCUUCCUGCCCGGCCACCAUAGCCUUUGAGACCCUGUGCAGCCAAGCACACCGGGGUGACGUAAAUCGUUUGGGUGCGUACUGGUGGGCCUCUUUCUCAUUCUGUCUCUUAGAUCUCUGCUUGCCUCGCCCACUCCCCACUGCCACGCUGUCAGGAGUAUUGUGGUUGUUGCACAGGGGGAAGCGUGACGAGGAGCUCGUCCUGCCCAUCAACUCCUCUCUGAGUGUCACCCUGCACCAGGACCAGCUGAAGACCACCACCACGGCUGUGCUCAGCAAGGACUUCACUGCGGACAGGCUCUGGCUGAACGGCCAGGAGGAGGACGUGGGGCAGCCUCGCCUGCAGGCCUGCCUCAGGGAGAUCCGCCGUCUGGCCCGGAAGCGGAGGAGCACACGGGACAGGGACUCACCGCCCCUCAGCCUCAGCUACAAGGUGCACGUCGCCUCAGUGAACAACUUCCCCACGGCCGCCGGCCUGGCCUCCUCAGCUGCGGGCUACGCCUGUCUAGCUUACGCUCUGGCCCGGGUCUACGGGGUUGAGAGUGACCUCUCAGAGGUGGCCCGUCGGGGCUCGGGCAGGGCCUGCCGCAGCCUGUAUGGGGGCUUCGUGGAGUGGCAGAUGGGGCAGCAGGCUGAUGGGAAGGACAGCGUCGCCCGGCAGGUGGCCCCUGAGUCGCACUGGCCUGAACUACGCGUGCUCAUCCUCGUGGUGAGCGCCGAGAGGAAGCCGACGGGCAGUACGGCUGGCAUGCGGACCAGUGUGGAGACCAGUCCCCUGCUCAGGUUCCGGGCCGAAUCGGUGGUGCCGGCGCGCAUGGCGGAGAUGAUCCACUGCAUUCGGGAGCGCGACUUCCCGGGCUUCGCCCAGCUGACCAUGCGGGACAGCAACCAGUUCCACGCCACGUGCCUGGACACCUUCCCACCCAUCUCCUACCUCAGCGACACCUCCCGGCGCAUCAUGCACCUGGUGCACUGCUUCAACGCCCACCACGGCCAGACCAAGGCGGCGUACACGUUUGAUGCAGGCCCAAAUGCUGUGGUCUUCACCCUGGACGACACCGUGGCUGAGUUCGUGGCUGCCGUGAGGCACAGCUUCCCCCCUGCGUCGAAUGCAGACGAGUUCCUGAAGGGGCUGCAGGUGGGGCCCGCCCUCCUCUCCGAGGAACUGAAGGCGGCGCUGGCAAUGGAGCCCAGCCCUGGUGCCAUCAGAUACGUCAUCGCCACUCAGGUGGGGCCUGGGCCUCAAGUGCUGGACGACCCCCACACUCACCUCCUGGGCCCUGACGGCCUGCCGAAGCUGGGUGCCUGACCGCCUCCAUGACGGGCCCACUGCCUCCUGGCGACGGGGCUGAGCCCCGGGAGGGGUGGAGGCGGGGACCGCUGGCUUGGGCUAGGAGCCCAAGUGCCUGUCCUUUGCCCGCCUACACCCAGUGUCCUAAGGGUGGGCUCUAGUCUGGGAGCCGGUUAGGUGUGGAGCACUGGUGCCUUGGGGCAGGAGGGCCCCCGCCCCAACUCUGGCCCACUCUGGGCCGUCCCUCCUCGUGGCAGGGGCGUGCUGGCUGGAACACUUCUCUCUGAAGGGCCUCAGGCAUCCCGGCAGGUGGCCUUGGCAGGGACGGGGCCUCGACUGUGCUGUGGGCCCCGUGACCUUGGGAAUAAACCCAGCAUUGCCGACA